CUAUGGUACGAGUUCCCAAUAUGCGCCGUGGCCCCUUAUGGCUACAUUUUCUACUAUGGAGUCAAGGUGUUCAACCUGGCAGUAGGAACUCUGUGUAACAUCUUGGUCAUCUGGCAGAUCAUUACCAAGAAAAGUGACGCUUUCACAUCUGACACCUUUAUCCUCAAUCUGGCCAUACUGGACGCCUACUUCUGCCUCAUGACUCCCGUCGACCUUGUCAACGGGUUAUUGCUGAACAACAACGACAUCUGGUACUUUAAGCGAUUGGCAUAUGGAAUCAAAGACUUGGCGCCACUCUUUCUGGUGUGUAUUUGUCUGGACCGCUACAUGGCUGUGGUCCACCCCGUGCUCUUCGCUGGCAUCCGUGACAACAAAAUCCGCAUCGGGAUUUCUGUGCUGGUGUGGGCCCUCAUAUUGGCUUAUGCCCUGGUGAAGUGCAUCCUGGGACGCAUGCCUGUCGAUGGCGUCUUCAGUGGCAUCAUCCUUUUUGCGUUUGCAUUGAUGAUCUUUUGUAACAUCUCCAUCAUCUGGGCCCUUCGGCACUCUGUGACGGGAAAAGAGGUGAUGCACCCGGUGAAGAAGAGGGCCUUCAAGAUGGUGCUGAUUAACCUGGCCAUCAUCGUGGUCAACUACCUGCCGCCCGUGGCGCUCAUGCCGUUUGCGUCAUACUACACGGCUGUGGCGUUUCAAUGUCAGAUCCGCGUCACUGUGUACUCCAUCAUGGAUCUGAGCUGCAGCAUUGAGCCUCUGCUCUACAUCACAAAGAUGGAGCGCGUGGAAGGCACAUGCUGUGGAAAGAGUGUCUGUGAGAAGCCGCUUGAUGUCACCACAUAA